AAUCCCGACGGCGGAAGAGAGGAGAUCUCCACCCAGUUUGUAGGCGGCGGACAUCGGCGACGAGCAUGCGGCCUCCGAGGGGUGGUGGAGGGGGUUUCAGAGGCCGUGAUGGGGGUUUCAGGGGCCGCGAUGGGGGUCGUGGCGGUGGCAGAGGUGGGCGGUUCGGCGGGCGCGGCGGCGGCAGGGGCCGUGGAGGUGGCUAUGACGAAGGCCCUCCCGCGGAAGUCGUAGAGAUUUCUAGUUUCCUCCACGCUUGUGAAGGAGACGCCGUCACGAAGCUCACCAACGAGAAGAUACCUUACUUCAAUGCCCCAAUAUAUUUGCAGAACAAAACUCAGAUCGGAAAGGUGGAUGAGAUCUUUGGGCCCAUAAAUGAAGCGCAUUUCUCGAUCAAGAUGCUGGAAGGGAUAAUUGCAACUUCGUAUUCACCCGGUGACAAGUUCUACAUCGACCCUGCAAAGCUAUUGCCAUUGACACGAUUUCUCCCCAGGCCUAAGGGACAAGAAGCAACUAGAGGUGGACGUGGUGGCGGCAGAGGAGGAGGUCGUGGAGGAGGGCGCGGCGGAGGCUUCCGUGGAAGAGGUGGUCCUAGGGGCGGUAGAGGCGGGCCUCCAAGAGGAGGCGGGCGUGGUGGUUUUAGAGGCCGUGGUAGGUUUUAGGGCAAAAUGCUUGCAAGCAUUGCAGCAAUCUUAGAGCAAAAUCCCUCUGCCCCUAUUCAGUUAACAUCCUUUCUUCCUGCCCAUGCUCAAAUGCAAGUUUCACAAUUCUACCGGAACAACAUGGAAUAGCUCCAGGAUUUAGCUUUUCCCAAAAAAAAAAACAAAAAACAAAAAAACUGCACCAACUUUGAUAUGCUUUCAUUAGCAAUAUUUUCCUGAGUAACUUUAUGUUGUAUCCUCCUAAUUUCCUCGAUUUUAUUAAGAUUUCAUGUGAUGGUUGGAUCA